GAUUCACUUUCGCAUAUACUAGUGUGUGAUAGUUACAGUAGCUCAGUACAUAUGAUUGAUAAAGACGGCCAUUUUCUAAAAUAUCUUCUAAUGCGACCACCAGGUAUACUGUCACCGAGCAGCCUAACCAUCGAUGUAAACACAUCUUCUCUGGGUUGGAUCAUCAAGUUUAAACACAGUGCUUGGUUAUAGGUACAUAACCCAAUAUGAUAACACCUACGCUGAACCCUCACUGAGUGCCGUUGUAAGAACAUCUGCUGUACACUCAACAGUACAAACGGGGGAAGAACAUUGCUUUGUAAAUGAACUACUCUAUUUAGAGACACCAGGUCCAUUGCUUCUGAAUGCAAUUAGAGUGGAGGGCAUCUGGUGUUGUUCCCAUUUGUCACUUGUUUCGGCUGAUGAAAUGUGGGUCAGUGAUCAUGAAAAUCUCGUAUUGAUAAACACUAAAGGUGAAGCAAUAUACCAUAUCAAAGAUUUAUUCAGUGAACGAGAAUCCGGAAUACACACAGUUUCUAGUGAUGGUGAAUUGAUUUAUAUAAAUAAAGAACAUAACAUAAUGAGACUGUCGACAGUUAUGAAGACAAAAACCAAAUUCAUAACGUUAUCUAACACUGCAUUGAUACCUUUGAGUGUGUAUUGUUCCCCUUUCACUGGAAACCUACUUGUCGGAGUUACAAAAGACAACCCAAGGACAGGAUCUAUUUUGCAUUACAACCGGGAUGGAGAUAGGACGAAAAACAUACAGCACAACAACAGUAGAAAACCGCUUUAUCGUAAACCUGCAUAUAUAACAGAAAACAGUAAUGGGGAUAUCGUGGUGUCUGACUCUGUCCUUAAUAAUAUAGUGGUUACUGACAGGGAAGGAAAUUAUCGUUUUUCAUAUACAAGUUAUCGCUCUUGUUCCUACACAUGGUGUCAUGGAGUAUGUUGCGACGGUCAAUCGAACAUCCUUAUAUGCGCUCCAUACUCGAACUCUGUGCAUGUCAUAGAUAAAAAUGGACACUUUUUAUCACAUUUUCAACUUUCAGGGAUGGGAAGGGCAUACUGUCUGAGUUAUGAUGUCCUCAAUAACCGUCUCUACGCUGGUAUUGACCAUAAUCAACAAACACUGGGUGUUUACAAGUAUAUAUUCAGACAGGAUUCGUUGUUAAAUCCGGAAUCAAUCUCUGAUGAUUUAGCAAAUCCAAUAAAAGCUAUUCAAACAACAGAGACUAAAGAAAGAAAAGUAGGAAAGAAUAAUCUAUCGUCAUCACCGUAUAGCCCAAUCCUACACAAAUACUUGUCAAUUACUGAUGUUCGGUGUAGCAAAAGUGUAUCUGUAUGCGCAACAGGUACAUGUAGGAUAUGGGUGAGUGAUGAUCAUGGCAUUGUAUUGGUCAACGAACUUGGUGAAACAUUACACCAAAUCAAAGAUCAAAUCAAAGAUUAUCGCGAUGGAUCUUAUAAUUGGUCGUAUGGAUUGCACACGCUAAACAGUGAUGGUGAACUAAUUUACGUAGCAAAGGAUGACACUAUACUCAAAUUAUCAAAGGAUUUGGAAAAAAGUACCACAUUUAUUCAGAAUACGGAUUCAAAUCAAUGGAGACCGCAAUGUAUAUAUUAUUCCUCAUUCACGAGUGAUAUCUUUGUCGGCAGGGCAAAUAUGAAUUUAAGAAGAGGAAAAAUAAUUCGGUUUAACAAAAAUGGCAAAAUGGUGCAAACAAUACAAUGUAACGAAGAAGGACUGGACAUCUUCAAACGUCCUCGCUAUAUAACAGAGAACAACAAUGAAGAUAUGGUGGUAUCUGAUACUUCUGGUGCUGUAGUGGUUACUGAUUGUGCAGGAAAAUUUCGUUUUGCUUACACAGGGUAUCCACAAGGAUCAGCAUUAGAUCCAUUUGGAGUGUCCACCGACGCACUGUCAAACAUAUUGGUAUCCGAUUAUUACACGCGAACAAUACAUGUUAUUGAUAAAGACGGUCAGUUUUUGACAUAUCUAUCGAUAAACCUACAGUGCGUCACCACACCAUGUUCUAUUUUCUUUGAUAAAAAGACGCAUCUUCUUUGGGUCGGCUCAGAGUACAACAAUACAGUAGCUAUCUACAAGUAUUUAAGGAAUGAAGAUCUACUGGCAGAUCAAAAUAAACAUUGCGAUGCUGUAAUACAGAUGCAACAUGACGUCGUCGAUGGAACUUGUUCGGAAAAGCAGAUAUUUGCCCCAGCAUUACAGAACUAUUUCAUAGUGAUAAACUUUAAACGCUGUUCUCAUUUAUCAUAUGGAAUAUUCGACUGCCUUUUAAUCAAUGAAGGAAACAACUUCAUCAUUACAAGUACAUCAGGUGAAACUAUACACCAUAUUGACGGUUUACGCAGUGAUGCCCGUUCUGGAUCACACUCAAUGAACCUAUCUCGGGAAGAAUUGUUUUUUAUCGAGAAGGACUAUAACAUUGUCAAACUGUCAAAAUAUAAAGAGAAAACAAAAACAACUUUUAUCAAAUAUAUACAGGAAACCGAUUCUGCAUGGAGACCAUGGUGUCUUUACUGUUCUCAAAUAACUGAUGACGUUUUGGUCGGUAUGAAGAAAUUGGACAGAAUACAAGGCAAGGUUAUUCGGUACAACAACCUCGGGGAAGAAAUACAGGAAAUACAACACAACGAAAUCGGAAGCGAUAUCUACAGUACACCACGUUAUAUAGCAGAAAACGUUAACGGGGAUGUCGUGGUGUCUGACUCGACAGGUGCUGUUGUUGUAACAGACCGUGAAGGAAGACAUCGUUUUUCGUACAAAGGACACCCUCCUGAAUCAAAACUUUCUCCACUAGGAAUCUGCACUGACACACUGUCACAUAUCUUGGUAUGUGAUGAGUUAACCCACGCAAUACAGAUUCUUGAUAAAGACGGACACUUCCUAUCCAAUCUGCUAAUUAAACCAUUAGGUAUAGUAUCGCCUAGUUGCCUGUGUUAUGAUGUCAACGCAGACCUUCUCUGGGUAGGAUCAGACGUCAACUACUCGGUAUGUCUCUACAAGUAUCUAUCACCAAAGGACCUUCUUACCGAUGAGAAUUCAGAAUAUGAAGAUAACUAUGAAGAGUGCUGUCUGGUUCAAGCAGAUUUGUAAAGAAAUUCUUUGAAGAAGAACACUUUGAUUCUAAGGAAUGGGGGGGGG